AUGUCACAGUCUUCCCCCGUGGAUGAAGGCACGACCUUUGAGCAUCUCUGGAACACCCUGGAACCCGACAGCACCUACUUCGACCUCCCUCAGUCAGAGCACACGGCGGGCAGCGAAACUUCUAACUGCAGAGAAGUCACCAUGGACGUCUUCCAGAUGCGCAGCAUGAACGAUUCGGUGAUGUCCCAGUUUAAUUUGCUGAACAACAGCAUGGAUCAGAGCACUGACAGCCGGGCCACCUCUUCGAGCCCGUACAGCUCCGAGCACGCCUCGAAUGUCCCGACGCUCUCCCCGUACUCGCAGCCCAGCUCCACCUUUGACACCAUGUCCCCCGCGCCCGUCAUCCCAUCCAACACGGACUACCCGGGCCCGCACCACUUCGAAGUGACCUUCCAGCAAUCCAGCACGGCAAAAUCCGCCACUUGGACCUAUUCCCCGCUGCUGAAGAAGCUCUACUGUCAAAUUGCUAAGACAUGUCCCAUUCAGAUCAAAGUGUCGACGCCGCCACCCCCGGGCACUGCCAUCCGGGCCAUGCCCAUCUACAAAAAGGCAGAGCACGUGACGGAAGUGGUGAAGCGCUGCCCAAACCACGAACUCGGACGCGACUUCAACGAUGGCCUCUCAGCCCCUGCCAGCCAUCUGAUCCGAGUGGAGGGCAACAACCUCUCCCAGUAUGUGGAUGACCCCGUCACCGGAAGGCAGAGCGUGAUGGUCCCUUACGAGCCACCCCAGGUGGGCACCGAGUUCACCACCAUCCUCUACAACUUCAUGUGCAACAGCAGCUGCGUGGGCGGCAUGAACCGGCGCCCGAUCCUCAUCAUCAUCACCCUGGAGACCAGAGACGGGCAGGUCCUGGGCCGAAGGUCCUUUGAGGGCCGCAUCUGUGCUUGCCCCGGCCGAGACCGGAAAGCAGAUGAGGACCACUAUCGAGAGCAGCAGGCGCUGAACGAAAGCGCCACCAAAAACGGCAACCCGAACAAGCGGACUUUCAGGCAGAGUCCCCAAGGGAUUCCAGCACUAGGGGCUGGAAUUAAGAAGCGGCGGCACGGGGAAGAGGAGACGUAUUACGUCCCUGUGCGCGGCCGAGAAAACUUUGAGAUGCUGAUGAAGAUCAAGGAGAGCCUGGAGCUGGUCGAGCUCGUCCCCCAGCAGUUGGUCGACUCCUACCGGCAACAGCAGCAGCAGCUCCUGCAGCGCCAGGCUCACCUCCACACUCCUUCUUCGUACGGCCCGGUCCUAUCGCCGAUGAACAAGCUCCACGCAGGAGGGAUCAACAAACUGCCCUCCGUGAACCAGCUGGUCAGCCAGCCCGCACAGCACGGCCCUGGGACGGGGCCGAACCUCGGGCCGAUGGGGCCGGGAAUGCUGAACAGCCACACCAUGCAAUCCAACGGGGAAAUGAAUGGCGGGCACUCGUCCCAAGCAAUGGUCUCAGGGUCGCACUGCACUCCCCCUCCGCCCUACAACCCAGACCCAAGCCUCGUCAGUUUUCUAACAGGGUUGGGGUGUUCAAACUGCAUUGACUAUUUCACUUCACAAGGGAUACAGACACUUUACCACCUGCAGAACCUAACCCUGGAGGAUCUCGGCGCACUGAAGAUCCCGGAGCAGUACCGGAUGAUCGUCUGGAGAGGCCUCCAGGAACUGAAGCAGACGCACGACUACGGCGGCCAGCAGCUUCUCCGUUCCAGCAGCAACGCCUCCACCAUCUCCAUCGGCACCUCGGGCGAGCUGCAGCGACAACGCGUCAUGGAAGCCGUGCACUUCCGGGUGCGCCACACCAUCACCAUCCCGAACCGCAGCGGGGCCGACGAGUGGGCGGACUUUGGGUUUGACCUCCCGGACUGCAAGUCCCGCAAGCCAUCCAUCAAAGAGGAGUUCACAGAGGGAGAAAUAAACUGA